AUGAUUCGUGGAAAGAUUUUUUUAUGUGUUCUACUUGUUACAUUUGUAAUUCAAGCUCAAAUUACGAUUGGUAAGAUUUCUUUUUUUGUAAUUUCUAUUGAUAUUUUUGGAUUAAUAAAAGGAUAUCCAUCAAAUUCUGAAAAUCUACAAACAUUAUUAAAACAAGCAUUAGAAGUUAAUUAUUGUGCACGUAUGAUACAAGUUAUAAGACCAAUACCAUUACGUUUUCGUCGUUCAACACAAAAAAAACAAUUUCAAUGCAUUAUCACAUUGGAUUGA